AAAAAAAAAGUUGUCAUGGGUGAAGACGAUGAUGUUCCUGAGCUUAAGAGAGAGGAAGCUGAAGAAUUUGUAACUAGAGUCUUGGAGUUAAAUCUGCCAGAAACAUAUCCAGCAAACAUUGCUUGGAUAAACCAACUCAUUCAGGCUUUUCAGAUGAAACAACCAUUUCAGAACAUAACACUGCUGAGUAAUUAUGCAGAUCGUCAUGUACCAUCUUGGGAAGACAUUCACAGAGACAUUUUCCAAGAGGGUAAAGGUGGUUUAUGUCUUUCUCUUAACUUCGCUUUUGCUGCUGUAUUAAGGUCAUUUGGGGUAUGUGCUUACUCGGCAGCUGCAAACUACGUUCCAACAGGUGGAAGAGGCGUACAUGUCAUUACAGUUAUUGAUGUUGAGAAAACAAAAAGAACGUGUUGGAAUUUUUAAGAAAUUCUGAAACAAACUGCAGAAAAGAGUGUUCUGCCACAAGUCUAAAUGGCAAAAGUCUUGUAAAAACCAGAAGUCAAGCUGCAUCUUUGAGUCCUGGGUCAAAGUAUUUUGCAGAUGUAGGUUGUGGUUUUCCAACCUUGGAAGCUAUAAAUCUCAAAGAUGAUCUUGAUCGAGUGUAUAUAGACUGUGGCCUAGAAUACUGCAUAACUAAGGAGGAUGGUCACUAUCUAAGAAUGCAUAAAAGAGGCGAUGAAGUGCCAGAAGGAGAGGAGGUAAUAUAACCCAGUGAAAGUUGUUUUAAUUGAGUAGAACAGUUUUAUAUAUAUAUAUAUGUAUGUGCAUGUAUAAUCACCUAUAUGUGGUUGCAGUGAUCGAGUCACAGCUCCUGAAUCCACAACUGUUACAGUGUGUGUGUGUGUGUGUGUGUGUGUGCACGCACGCACGUGCAAGAGUGAGUGUUAACCAUCAUUUAACAUGAUAAUUAUGUUCCUGAAAACAGCAAGUAUUCAAAAAAAAUCGUGUAAAGUGAACUGAAGAACAUAUUGGAAAAAUAGGGUGAUGUUCCUUAGUCACUCAUUAUAUGUCCCACAAUUGUAAAAAAAAAAAAAUGAAGGUAAUGUAAUUGUGUGUGAUGUGCAUCAGUCAGAGAUCCCGUAUCCACAUCUCUUCUAGCAGAUGAAGGGUCCUUAUUAUUAAGUUGUUUCACUUGUAACUAUAUUUAGGUUAUGAAGGAAAGGUCAGAGUGUUUGAGAUGUGAAAGUUGGAGUGUACACUGGAGGGGUUAGGCAGGAGCUAGAGGCUGGUGUUAGGAGGUUGGAGAUGCUGGGCAGUGGGGGGUGUAGGGGGGCGAAUGGAGGCUGGAUGCAGUGAGGCAGUGCAAUGGUGAUCGUGUGGGUGGCAGUGUUGGAGGCCUGGUGUUUGUAGAUGAUGGGUGACUGAGUGGGUGUGUUUGUGGGUGAUGGUAUGGGCAGUAAUGAGAGUGGUGGAUGGCUACAUGACUAGGUGUGUGGAUAAUGUGCUGGGGUAUGUGGGGAUGCAAGAGUGGGGAUGCAAGAAUGGGGAUGCAAGAGUGGGGAUGCAAGAGUGGGGAUGCAAGAGUGGGGAUGCAAGACUGGGGAUGUGGGAAUGGAGGCUGUGAGGGUUAAAGCUGUGGGGGAGUGGUGUGAGUGAAAGGUGUCGGUGGCAUGGUGUGGGUGGUAUGGAUGAUGGGUGACAGAGUGGGCGAGUGUGCAGUUGGUGGGGUGGGCAGUAAUGAGUGUAGCGGGUGGUUAAGUGAUUAGGUGUGUGAACAGUGUGUUAGAGUGAAAAGUUGAGUAAGGUGUGGGCAUGAGGUCAUGGAGAUAUGUUGUGGGAGAGGGUGUGGGACUGGGCAAGGUAGUGGGAGAAUGUGGCUGUGGGAGAAAUGGGGUAGGUGUAGGCAGUUGGCUGGGGGGGGAGGGAAUUGUUUGAAUGGGUUGUGAGGGUGGAGGUUGUAGAUUGAGAUGGUGUAUGUGAAGGUGUGUGGCCAUGGAGGAGUUGUUUGGUUGGAGGUUGCUGGAUGUGUGGCAGAGAAAGAGUAAAAACAGGCGUAUGGCUAAAGUAUGAUAUUGUGUACAACCAGAGCACUGAGAUGAGAGAGGUUGUGUGCAUUAAGUAGGUCUCCCCUGUAAGACAAUGGACUUAUCUGUACGCUUUCCACGAGACUGAGGGAAAAGCACCUGUAACACGUUUUCUGCCUAUAUGUAGAGGCCCACGGAACAAGUGGGGAAACUUUUUCUGCAUAUAGGUGUGGUUGACGUAUAGGCAACAGAGAGUUUGCAUAGUUCCUUUGCAUAAAGGGAAAGGGGAUAAAAGAGAGUGCAAAAAUUAUUGGGGAAUAAGUCUGUUGAGUAUUCCUGGCAAAGUGUAUGGUAGAGUUAUUAUUGAAAGAAUUAACCCUGAAUUUUAAAAAAAAAUUUUUAUUUUUUCUUAUGAAAUGGUAGAGAAACUUUUUCUGAAGGUAAUAAAGCAAAAAGUACAAAACUUGAUGGAAAAUUGGUGAAAUUAUGCUCUUGCGAAUUUUGAUGUGUCAGCGAUAUUUACGAAUUGGCGAUUUUGCUGACUUUGACUCCCAUUUUAGGCCAAUUGCAUUAUUCCAGUCGACCAAAUUCUUAGCUAUUUCACUAGAAACUUUUAGAGAGGGUGUGGUAGGUAAGUUUGGGGUGCCAGGUGUAAAUGAUAAUGGGAGCCCUUUGAUUGAACUUUGUAUAGAAAGGGGUUUAGUUAUAGGUAAUACAUAUUUUAAGAAAAAGAGGAUAAAUAAGUAUACACGAUAUGAUGUAGGGCGAAAUGACAGUAGUUUGUUGGAUUAUGUAUUGGUAGAUAAAAGACUGUUGAGUAGACUUCAGGAUGUACAUGUUUAUAGAGGGGCCACAGAUAUAUCAGAUCACUUUCUAGUUGUAGCUACACUGAGAGUAAAAGGUAGAUGGGAUACAAGGAGAAUAGAAGCAUCAGGGAAGAGAGAGGUGAAGGUUUAUAAACUAAAAGAGGAGGCAGUUAGGGUAAGAUAUAAACAGCUAUUGGAGGAUAGAUGGGCUAAUGAGAGCAUAGGCAAUGGGGUCGAAGAGGUAUGGGGUAGGUUUAAAAAUGUAGUGUUAGAGUGUUCAGCAGAAGUUUGUGGUUACAGGAAAGUGGGUGCAGGAGGGAAGAGGAGCGAUUGGUGGAAUGAUGAUGUAAAGAGAGUAGUAAGGGAGAAAAAGUUAGCAUAUGAGAAGUUUUUACAAAGUAGAAGUGAUGCAAGGAGGGAAGAGUAUAUGGAGAAAAAGAGAGAAGUUAAGAGAGUGGUGAAGCAAUGUAAAAAGAGAGCAAAUGAGAGAGUGGGUGAGAUGUUAUCAACAAAUUUUGUUGAAAAUAAGAAAAAGUUUUGGAGUGAGAUUAACAAGUUAAGAAAGCCUAGAGAACAAAUGGAUUUGUCAGUUAAAAAUAGGAGAGGAGAGUUAUUAAAUGGAGAGUUAGAGGUAUUGGGAAGAUGGAGGGAAUAUUUUGAGGAAUUGUUAAAUGUUGAUGAAGAUAGGGAAGCUGUGAUUUCGUGUAUAGGGCAAGGAGGAAUAACAUCUUGUAGGAGUGAGGAAGAGCCAGUUGUGAGUGUGGGGGAAGUUCGUGAGGCAGUAGGUAAAAUGAAAGGGGGUAAGGCAGCCGGGAUUGAUGGGAUAAAGAUAGAAAUGUUAAAAGCAGGUGGGGAUAUAGUUUUGGAGUGGUUGGUGCAAUUAUUUAAUAAAUGUAUGGAAGAGGGUAAGGUACUAGGGAUUGGCAGAGAGCAUGCAUAGUUCCUUUGUAUAAAG